AUGGCAAGUUCGAUAUCUUCAUCGACACGCAUUCAAUGGAUGUGGAAAGAAAGUGAAGAUCCUUUUUCAGAAAGUCAUCAAGAAGAAUGGAAAUCAUAUUCCGAUAUCGAAAAUCUGAUCAUCGAAGAAUCUUAUCAAUCUAAACAAAGUUACGUCAUUUUGGAUAAUUAUACCAUUCAUUUUAAACAUCAAAUACAAAUAUCCAAUAUCGAUGGAAGUAAACAACGUCCUGUUAAGAGAACGAUGAGUAAUCGAAGUGCAUUUUUGCGUGAACAACGAUUUACCUUCACUCCGAUUACUCCUGAUCAUCCAUUUCGUGGUUUAGACGGAUGGAUUUCCCCUUUUAUUAAAGAAACGGUGAAGUAUUUGAAUCUAACGCAUGAACAUUUGCCUUCGAAGGAUAAAACGAUCGUUCCGAUAGUUGUAGAAAAAGCUGCAUGUGGGAUUAUUGAAGAAGGAAAGAAAAUUGGUAAACAAUGUGAAAGUGAAUGGCUUGCAAAAACACUUCGUGAACAGAAAGAUGCGGGAAUGAGAAAUGUUUGGAAGUGUUGUGCACAUUUGUAUUCAUUAGAAAGUUUUUUAUACAAUAAAUUAAACGAAACAAUGCGAUUGAUUGGAAAUGACGAGUAUGAACAAGAAUGGAGAGAAAAUCUACGAACAUUAGGACCAUUUGGAUUACUUUUAUGGGAUAAUCCAUUUAAUUCGAAAACAGCCAAAGAAGGAACGAAAUUUUAUCGAGGAGCAAAAUUAUCCGAAGCACAUAUUUCUUCGUUUAACAAAGAAUGUUUGAAAUCAGAGGAAGAAAAAACGAAACAUUCAUUUCCAUCUUUCACUUCAUGUAGUCGAAAUCGAAACAAAGCAGAAGAAUUUGGAAAUGUUCUGUUUAUUAUGACAGUUAAACAUGCGUUUACUGUUGAUCUCGAACCAUUUUCCGAAUAUCCUGAUGAAGAAGAAGAAUUGAUCUUUCCAGGUGUUUGUUUUACUAUUGAUCGAAUAGAAAAACAUAAGGAGAAAUAUUUCAUCUAUUUAACACUCAUUCAACAGCAUUAUUGUGACAAUUUUCAACGAGGUACUGGCGACAAUUUCAAUCAAAAACCUCAGAUACUAAUCUUUCUCAUCUUUAUUUAUUGUCGAAUUAUUAAUCACAUAGAAAAUCAAUCGUUAUAUGAAAUCUAUUCAUUAUCCUAUAUAAUCAUUAUUAUUGAUAAUCAAUAUUCAAUACUUUAUUCUCAUUCUAAGAAUAUCCACACUGAUUUUUACUAUUAA